CUUCUCCUCCCUCACUUGCUCAUUUGAUGUUCGUCACGAGACUCACAGUGCCAGUAGUUGUUAUUCUCCGAAGAAGAAGAAGAAGAUGUGUGGAGGUGCAAUUAUUUCCGACUUCAUCGGUGUCAAGCGUGACCGUAAAGUCGCCGCGGAGCAGCUGUGGUCCGAGCUAGACCCUUUCUCUGACCUCCUCGGCUUCGACAUCACCACCACAACCACUUCCAAACGCCAACCACCCUUCCCCGUAAUCUCAGACAAAAAGGUGGAAUCAUGUGCCAAGAAGAAGAAAAGCGUGGAUGCAGGGAAGAAGAGUGAGCGUGCUCGCAAGAACGUGUACAGAGGAAUCAGGCAAAGGCCAUGGGGGAAAUGGGCUGCAGAAAUAAGGGACCCACACAAGGGUGUCCGCGUUUGGCUCGGCACCUUCCCCACCGCCGAGGAAGCCGCCAGAGCCUACGACGCCGCCGCCAAACGCAUCCGUGGUGACAAGGCCAAACUCAACUUCCCCGACGACACUCCACCACCCUCCAAGAAGCGCUGCCUCAGCCCCGACCUCCCUCAACAGAGCAGCUCCUCUUCCACCGCACCACCGCCUUCCGCCGUCUCCUACAGCGGAGACAGCAGCGGAGGAGAGGAACUCGACCUCAAACAACUUGAACUCUUUCUUGGCUUAGAGAAUGAGCAGCCUCUGCCCAACAAUGGUGUGGAAUGGGACAACGGUUACGUGAUGGAUGACUUGUGGAUGCUCGACGACGUCGUUGUGGCCAACCGUAAUCUAGUUUAUUAGAGGAGAAUAAUAACAUGUUUAGAUAAACGUUUUCCUUAAAAACUUGUAUUAUUAGAAGAAAUAAUAAAAAUAAAAUAAACUGAGGUUUUUCUUACAAAUUAAAAUCGGCUUAUGUGAGUUUUAUUGUCCAUCUUUUGAAAAUUAAAAUACAUAAGUUGGUUUUAAUUUGUGAUUAAAUCUCGAUUUAUUUUAUUGUUUUCUUCUUGGGGUUUUUAUAGGAAAGAUUAUCGAACAUGUGGGGUGUUUUCUAUAUGUUGUAUAAAACUAUGUUGGUAUGUUUUCUUCUAGUUUAUGUUGUGUUGUCCCUUCUUCUCGCUAGCUUUGGUAGCUCGUGCCUUGGACGGUCGAAUGUUUGAAAAAUCAGGUCCACCGUAUUAGCGGGAAGAUUAUCGUGUAUUAAUAAAGGUAAGUUAGGGCGUAUUUAUGAUUCUAAAUGUGUUUUGUUGGUGUUGUAAAUAAUAUUAAUGGCAUUAUUAUAUGGUGCUACUUUGUCGUUUUCUGCAAA